AUGAGUUUCAUUAGAAAGUGUGAUUUUACAAACUAUCCAAUAUUGCCAAAUGAUUGUAGUUCUGUUCAGAUUUGUUUAGCCCAGUUAGAUGGUGAAGGUAAAGCUACUGAAAAUAUUUCUAUUAUUGAUAUUUGUGGAAGUGUAAGAAAGUCUGGUAAAGUUGAUAGACUUUUAUAUGAAAGUGAAUGUUAA